ACAGCUUAAAAUGAGUGAAAAGGCGAUGACCCCACUUCUUCCAAAGAAUAUGACUUUCAUACAUCUAUUUUACCUUUUGUUUAAUUUAAUUUUGUUGAAAAUAGAUUCAAAGCAAUGUCCGGGGCUUUCCAAAUGCUGUUUUGGAUACAUGUGGAAUGCUACAGUCCAACAGUGUAUACCAUGUAAAACAGGAUUUGUUGGACUGAAUUGUACUAGGAAAUGUCCUUAUCCAACCUAUGGGGAUGAAUGCCAGAAAAACUGUGCCUGCACGAAAGAUUUGUGCAAUUUUUCCACUGGAUGUGAAAUUAAAUUCACUACGUCUUUAUUUGACACUUCUGUCUCAGAUAUGAAAAGUUCCCAAUCUGACAUCGAAAUCCACACAGUAACAGAUAUGAUCGAAAGUAUGAAUUAUACGAGAACAGAAACUGAAGGAAUAAUAAGUCCAAAAAAUAGAGGGGUUUCAAAUAAAAAGGUUUAUUUGAUAUUGGCACUCGUGGCUGUUGGAAUUUUUAUUUUGGUACUUGUGAUCGCUCACACCUUUACAAGAUUCUGUCCUAAACUCCACUUUUUACUAGGACAAAGAGAAUGCAAAACACCACUGGAUAGAUAUUCCUUCAAAGGAAACAAUGAACAUGUUUAUGAAGAAGAGUUUUAGCGGAAUUAAAUAAAUGUAUGUAUUUUAAGCGGUAUCCGAAAACGGCUAUGCUAUACAUUUAUCAUAAAUAGUUUAACCAUUC